GUCCUCCAACCCAUAAUGAAUUAUUUCCAAGCAGGCUAAGCUGGUAGAGCUUAAUUCUUUCCGGUUAGGGGUCCUUCAAAUCCUUGAAGGGCCCUCGCCAGAAUCCUAACACAGCCUUCUAGCCCCUUCACUUUGGUGAAUCAAGCUUCACCUUAUGAAUAUAUUUACAUGUUCUCCCAUUGCCUUGGAAGAUAUAUAAUUCUAAGGUAUUCGAACCAGUGGAUAUAUUCAGGCUCCUGUGGUGCAAACGGUGAUUAAUCAAUUUAUCAUUAGCGGACAACAAAGGGAAAUACGUUACCUAGAACGUGUACAUGUAAUAUUUUGCAGCUAGCGGAAAGAAGGUUUUAAAGAUGAGUUGUUUUCCAUGUUUUUCGAGUGAAAAAUCGGAUUCUAUUAAAAUUAAUGAGCUUCCUGUAAUUCAAGCAGCAGCCAAACCUGCAUUACCAUCUUCAUCACCUGCAGGCAACGGUAAUUGGGGAAGUCAAGAAAUCGAUGUCGGAAAUAUUGCAGCAAAGACCUUCACAUUUCGUGAGUUGGCAAGUGCGACCAAAAAUUUCAGACAAGAAUGCCUCUUGGGUGAUGGUGUAUUUGGGAAAGUGUACAAGGGAACACUUCAGUCUAGUGGUCAGGCCGUAGCUGUCAAGAGACUCGACAGAAAUGGAAUGCAAGGAAGCAAGGAGUUCCUUGUUGAAGUUCUAAUGUUGAGUCUUCUUAAACAUGAAAAUCUACUGGAUCUAGUUGGAUACUGUGCUGAUGGAGAUCAAAGGCUUUUGGUUUACAAUUACAUGCCAUUGGGUUCCCUUGAUACUCAUUUGUUUGAUGUUGCACAAGAUAAGGAGCCGCUAGACUGGACAACAAGAAUAAAAAUAGCUGCAGGGGCAGCUCAAGGACUUGAAUAUCUCCAUGAUAAGGCGAAUCCUCCCAUUGUAUACCGCGAUAUGAGAGCAUCCAACAUCUUGCUGGAAGAUGAUUACAAGCCAAGACUUUGUGAUAUUGGGCUUGCUAAGUUCGCACAGUCAGGGAAUCCUUCUUGUACACCUCCAAGGGUGAUGAACACGUAUGGUUAUUGUGCUCCAGAGUAUACAAGAACAGGGCAGCUUACGUUAAAGUCAGAUGUGUACAGUUUUGGAGUUGUAUUACUAGAACUGAUCACAGGACGUCGAGCCAUGGAUCCAACUCGACCAGUUGACGAGCAAAACCUAGUAUCUUGGGCACAACCUAUAUUCAAAAAUCCUCAACGAUUCCCAGAGAUGGCGGAUCCACUUCUGAAAGGUAAAUAUUCACUUAAAAGUUUAAAUCAGGCCGUGGGGAUUGCUGCUAUGUGUCUUGAAGAGGAACCAUCAGUCCGCCCUUAUAUUACUGAUGUCGUGGCUGCGCUAACUUUCCUUGAAAUGACACCUAAAGACGAAAACAAUGUCAAUGGAAUUCCCGCUCCAGUUCCAUCGCAGAAAGGUGAGGAUCAAUGUGAUAAGGACGAUAGCAUAUCUGAUCAUUCAAGUGAAUACAGUUCUUCUGGUCGCAUGGAUGAUCAUCAUGAAAGAGGAAGUUACUCAUCUCACAAUGAUGAUGACGAUGACGAUGACCUAGAGGAAAAUGCAGAGGAGGAAGAUGAGGACAAUUAUAAUCACAGUGAAGGUGAUAAAAACUAUGAUAAUGGGAGUUCAGACGACCACUACACAGAAUCAUCAAAAUCGCGAUCCAUGGACUACAGUGAGGAAUUAUCAGAUGAUGAAAGUAUGUACUCAUCAAGUACAAGAACCAGUACUAGUAGCAGAAAGGAGGAACAAUGACUGUGAAAACAGAACACAAAAAAGUGAACCAUAACGAUGAUGUUGCUUAGUUCAAGGCAGCUUAGUUCAAUGGGAACAACAUUAGCAGAGGAGAUCAAACCACUGCAGUUUUGUUUACAAUAUAAGCCUCUGGUAGCUGCAAAAAUCUGAAUUUAUAUGCAAUCACGUUGACAUAAAUUAACGUUGGUUUUGAUUAAAAACUUAAAAACACACAAUGUUUAUGAUUUUUUACUGUUUCCCACAAUUUUGUUUUAAUCUAGUGGAUGUUUUUGUGUUGCAAGAAAAGCUGGCUCUCCCAGAGUGUCAAAGGAUAUCUUACUUUACAAAACUCUUGAAUACACUAAAAAUGUCUUCAAGAAAAUUUAUAAAUGCAAGGUAUAGUUAUUCC